AUGACAAUUACAACGAACUCAACAGGUUCUGGGCCCAGAAGAGGCUUGCUAUUCGACGGUAACGAAAGCAAAUAUGAGUUGUGGGAAGUAAAGUUCCUGGGCUAUACGCGGCUACAAAAGCUAUAUAAAGUAUUCGUGCGAGACGCAAGCGAGAAAGACCCACCAGACGCCUCGACGCGAGCUGAUGCUUUUGCUGAACUCGUGCAAUGUCUGCACGAUAGAAAUUUAUCGCUAGUGGUACGAGACGCGAGAGACGACGGGAGGAAAGUGCUAGUUCUCAGACAGCACUACCAAGGGAAGGGAAAGCCACGUAUAAUUUCGCUUUAUACCGAACUUACAUCGCUAAAGAAAGACGAGAACGAGCCAAUAUUCGAUUAUGUCAUACGAGCCGAGUCAUUUGCGACAGCGUUACGAAAUGCCGAGGAAGCUAUCGGCGACGCAUUGUUAAUCGUAAUGGUUUUGAAAGGUUUACCGAGGGAAUACGACACGUUUGCCACGGUAGUUGUGCAAAGAGAGAAACAAAUGACUUUCGCCGAUUUCAAGAGCGCGCUACGAAGCCACGAGGAAAGCGCAAAGACACAUGGUGGGAAGGCUGCGAGCGCGGGGGAGAAUAUUAUGUUGACGAAGCAGAAGUUCGAUGGGAACUGUUUUAAAUGCGGGAGAAAGGGACAUAAAAGCGCGGAGUGUUGGUCGAAGAGAUCGGAAAGAUGGUGUAGCAACAGUAAAAGUAAAACCCACGAGACGGCAAAGAAUUGCCGGAAGAAGAAAGAUGCGGCGAAGACAGCAGCCGAGAAAACAACGUCAAGUGAGAACAAUGAACAUACGUUUGCCUUUACAUCCAAGGACACAAUUAAUAAAUCAGGUGUAAAUAAUAAGAGUAAUUCUAGUUUAUUAGUAGAUACAGAAGCCACAAGUCACAUUAUAAAUGACAAAUCAAAAUUUGUGGACUUUGAUAAAGAAUAUAAUCCUAGUGCGCAUGUCAUAGAACUCGCUGAUGGCAGUAAAGCCAACGUACUAUUAGGCAAAGGAAAUGCCAAAGUUAAACUUUAUGACGUCAAUGGUAAUGCACGUGACGUAAUGUUAAAUAGCGCAUUGUAUGUUCCGUCCUAUGAUCAAAAUAUUUUUUCAGUGCAUGCUGCGAUAGAAAGGGGGGCCAGUAUUAGUUUAGAUAAGCAGGUGAAACAGCUCAAAUGUCCUGAUGACACAACGUUUGGAAUGCAUGGAACAAAGAGGUAG